AUGGCCCUGCUCCCCGCGACCAUGGUGGCAUCAGGCCCUCCGCCGGCCGCUGCUGCCUGGUCACGAUCGCGGCCAGGCCAGGGAUGCUGCACAAUGAAUAUAUUUGUUCCUGCAGUAGACUUGUUGCUCCCUUCCCCCGCCGAGAAGAACAAGAUCAGCAAGAACGCCGGAGCGGGUGAAAUAUUCUUUCACCAACUUCUCAUUCAAGAACAUCUCUCAGCUAGCAUCCAUGAACUACGACCUGAUGACAAAGCACAACUUGGAUCCUUUGCAGUCCUCGAAAUAAACCUUGAUAUCAGAGCAGUAAAGAGAAAGCUGGCUAUUGUUGGGAAGGGUUUAACUUUUGACAGUGGUGGCUACAACAUUAUGACCGGGCCAGGCUGCAGCAUCGAACUGAUGAAAUUAGACAUGGGAGGCUCUGCAGCUGUAUUCGGUGCAGCUAAAGCUUUGGGACAAAUCAAGCCUCUUGGAGUAGAGGUUCACUUUCUAAUGUAG